AUGGCCGAUGUGGAGGAAGGAAUGACACUUUUGGCCGAAACUCUGGGAAAAGCUCUGGGGCAACCACUUUCCGACAUGAGCCUGACACACGAGACGCGCGACACGUCCGCAGACGUGAAUGCCUUGGAUGACAUGUCCUUUCACUCGACCGUGACUGUCCGAAUGAUACAUGGCGAGUAUACAAGGCAGGCCACGGGCUAUUCCGAAGCGAACUCGCGGCACAAAGCUGCCAUGAGUUUAUUGCAAGACUGGGACCAGAUCUUAGCGCAGGAGGCCGCUGCUGGAGUACCUCCAGCAGCGGCAUCAGACGACGAGGCAGCAGGAGACAUCUCCGCCGCCACCCCAGCAGCCUUGGCAGAUUCAGAUCCAACGAAUUAUAAGAGCAUUUUGUCACAGUUUAUGACGAAGGUACUGCAGCGCAGCGUUACGAAGGCAGACAUGGAGUUUGAGACCCUAAAUACUGGAGAGCAGGAGAACAAGCCCGUUUUCAAGUCCACUGUCAUUCUGACAAUGGACGGCCGCACGCAGAAAAUCAGCGGGCCUGCAAUCUGUGGCCCAAAGAAGGCAGCUGAGCAGAGUGCAGCGCGCCAGGCACUGCAGGAAUGCCCCGAGCUUCAGCCGCUUUGGGCAUCCGCCGUCGCCGCCAGCCAGACCCGCACAAGUGCCCCAAGUGCCCUGAGUGUCCCAAGUGUCUCAGCCGUCUCAGCACACACCGCCGACACGACGGACGCUUUGGAGGAGGAGGCGACAGCUCCGGCGGACAAGCGCGAGGUGAGCCCUGAUCAAGACAGUCUCCCGGACGACCUCAAACUACGAUUGGCGCAGGAGGAGGUACGUGUCCCGCAAGAUCUAGCCGAGUUGACGGAAGCAGAGGUGGAGGAGCUGGGCCAAGGGCUGAAGCUUGGGAGCAAAGCUCGGCUUCGGGCCCUUUAUCGAGGCUGUCGACAGACUUCCUCGUGA